UACAAAUACUCCAACUACAGUCCCUUUAACAUCGGAGACCUAUCGCCACUGUGCGAAAAUACGGAAGUAUGAAGACUUUCUGUUGUUCCGCGGAGCGUCUGCGUCGGAAAUUGGUUCCGAUCCAGUCGGAGCGCCCAGAGAUUUGGCUAUAUAACCUCAGAGCAUUUCUCUCAAGGCUACCAACUUGUCCCGAGUCCAAUACGACUUAUACCAUGCGUUCCAGUGCAAUAAUUUCCCUCGGGCUGUCCGCUCUCGCCACUGUUUCCACCGCCUCGAAGCUCCAGAACACUAAUCCCGCUUUCCUAGCCGAGGGCAGAUUUGGAUGCAUUACCGCCUCUUCUGACGCUGAUGGUGCCCCGGUCGUGGUCCAAGAUUGUGACACGGAUUUAACCAAGCAAGACUGGGACUUCACUGGCUUCAACUCACAAAACUCGCCACCUCAGCCACUGAAGAUUUUCGACGACGACAAGUGUUUGGACGUGAAAGACGGGAUCAACGCUGACGGUACCAAACUCCAAGUUUGGACCUGCAUUUCCGGAAGCACUAACCAGUUGUGGAUAUCCGUCACCGAUUUUACCUUCCAAUGGGCCGGAACGAAUAAAUGUAUCGAUCUUACGGACGGUAACAUCAACAACGGGAAUCAACUCCAACUCUGGACCUGCGACUCGAAUAACUGGAAUCAACAAUGGGCUCCUAUAUCUGUACCUAAACCUCCCAACCCUACGACGGGUGUCAUGGUUGAAGCAGCAGGAACACUUCCACACCAAGCUAACCAAUGUAUGGCAGCUGCUCAGAACGCCGAUGGUGCGAGUGUUUCACUUACUACCUGUGCCAACCCAAUGGGGACGUUCCCCAAUGGGAAUUGGACAUGGGUGCUUCCGGCUAUUGGGUUUACUGGCCAGAUUAAGACGUUUGAUGGGACAAAGUGUCUUGAUGCUACUGGUGGAGACUCGUCGAAUGGGAAUUUGCUCCAGAUUUGGUCGUGCAGCGAGGGGAAUACGAAUCAGCUGUGGAAUGUUGAUGGUCCGGAAGCUUCGAGAGUGAUUUCUUGGGCUGGACAAAGCAAGUGUGUGGAUGUGAAGGAUGGGAAUCUUGCUUCUGGAAACGACCUUGAAAUCUGGGAUUGUGACUCUAGUCGUAAACAGGGCUGGCAGCUCCUUACGCCGUUUGUGUGAAAGGAAAUGCCUUCCACGACACCUCAAUUGUGAUUUCGUACGAACCUCUUAGUUUCUCUAUAGUAUUUCUCAAUGUUGUGGUGUAGUACUCAAUCGACUCGUGCAAUAUCCGAAAUAUCCGAAAUUUUCACGCCCUUGAACUUUUGCUUUUUGUCCUGAACGCACUCUAACGCGACGUACCUUACACCAUCUCUUUCUUCCUGCCAG